GUCGGUGUGGCCGGAGCCCUUGGGUGGAAUUGUUAGGCGUGGAGGGGGAGUGAUGUCUUCCAGACUCGGUGCAGGCCCCGCCACUCCGGGACCCACAUCUUUUAAGCAGCAGAGGAGCGCCAGGAUCGUAGGAGCUAAGAAGUUGGCAUAGAGACAUGAAAAACAAAUAAAGGCUGGAGAGAUGGCUCAGCAGUUAAAGCAGGACCCAGUGCUCCAUAAAGGAUAAUAGUUUCCAGUACACCAUCCCUCAUGAUGACUCCUUAAGUGGCUCAUCAUCUGCCUCCUCGUGUGAACCAGCCAGCGAUUUCCCAGCAUCCUUCAGAAAGUCUACCUACUGGAUGAAGAUGAGAAGGAUCAAGCCAGCUACCUCGCAUGUUGAAGGAGCAGGUGCAGUAUCUACCAAAGGAAAAAAGAAACCCAGGCAGGAAGAAGAUGACGACUACCGAGAAUUUCCUCAGAAGAAGCAUAAGCUUUAUGGGAGGAAACAGCGGCCUAAAAUUCAGCCCCAUCCCAAACCCCAGGCUCGUCGCAUUCGGAAGGAGCCACCAGUAUAUGCAGCAGGCAGUUUGGAGGAACAAUGGUACUUAGAAAUCGUGGAUAAAGGCAGUGUUUCCUGCCCUACCUGCCAGGCAGUGGGGAGGAAGACCAUAGAGGGUUUAAAGAAACACAUGGAAAACUGCAAACAGGAAAUGUUUACUUGUCAUCAUUGUGGGAAGCAACUACGUUCAAUGGCAGGGAUGAAGUAUCAUGUUAUGGCGAAUCAUAAUAGUUUGCCUAUUUUGAAGGCUGGAGAUGAAGUAGAUGAGCCAAGUGAGCGGGAACGGCUGAGAACAGUUCUAAAGAGACUGGGAAAACUCAGGUGCAUGCGUGAGAGUUGUUCCAGUACUUUUACCAGCAUUAUGGGAUAUAUGUACCAUGUUAGAAAAUGUGGUAAAGGGGCUGCAGAGCUGGAGAAGUUGACCCUGAAAUGCCACCACUGUGGAAAACCAUACCGGUCGAAGGCUGGGCUUGCUUAUCACCUGAGGUCAGAGCAUGGGCCUGUACCCUUCUUUCCAGAGUCAGGACAGCCAGAGUGUUUAAAAGAGAUGAGCCUGGAAACAAAGAGUGGGGGCCGAGUUCAGAGGCGUUCUGCCAAGAUAGCUGUGUACCACCUGCAGGAGCUGGCCUCUGCUGAGCUGACUAAGGAGUGGCCCAAGAGGAAGGUGCUCCAGGACCUGGUGCCUGAUGAUCGGAAGUUAAAAUAUACUCGUCCUGGGCUGCCUACUUUCAGCCAAGAAGUGCUACACAAAUGGAAGAUGGAUAUCAAGAAGUAUCAUCGCAUUCAGUGCCCUAACCAGGGCUGUGAGGCUGUCUACAGUAGUGUAUCUGGCCUUAAAGCUCACCUGGGCUCUUGUACAUUGGGAAGCUUCGUGGCUGGGAAGUACAGGUGUCUCCUCUGUCAGAAGGAGUUUGUGUCAGAGAGUGGUGUCAAGUAUCACAUCAACUCCGUCCAUGCCGAGGACUGGUUUGUUGUAAACCCAUCAACCACGAAAAGCUUUGAGAAGCUGAUGAAGAUAAAGCAGCGGCAGCAGGAGGAAGAAGAGCGGAGGCAACAGCACAGGGGUAGACGGUCUCUACGGAGGCGACAGCAGCCUGCCACCGAGCUUGCUGAGGCCCAGCCUAGUCCUAGAGUAGGGAAGGAACAAAAGGGGACCGAUGAGGAACUGGUGGUGUCAACCUUCUGUAAAGAAUCUGAGCAGGAGCCAGUACCAGCACAGCCCUCCAAAGUAAAGCCUGCAAAGACAACUCACAGGCGAGGAAGGAAAUAGGCAGUCACUAAGUGAGCUCCUAGCAGAGUGGACGUGACUCUGUAGUCAUGGGGACCUGUGCGGGGAGCCUGAGGCUUGGGGCCGAGUGAAGAUGUUUUCAGCUAUUGGUGUAGGUCUGACUUUCUCAGCUUUCUCAUGUAAAUUUCAUGGUUUUCCUAAUUCACUUUUUUGUUCCCCCCUUUUUCAUUGGUUCAUACUAUUCCUCAUUGAAGUUCUCUUGCUUUUUCUUCUGCUGCCCAACUAUCUCUCUCAGAAAACCAACUGCAGCCCCUGUACAUGACUAAGGAACCAUCCCGGUUAUUAUUUCCUUCCUGAGAUGAACAUUCUUGGAAUUACAUUGCUUUAAUGGCCACUCCAUCAUCUAGCCUAUAAAACAAUUUCAAUCUCAGAUUUUUUAAAUCCAUGACAGGUUUUAUCAUUCUGUACUUGUGGUAUUAAAAGAAAGCUUAGAAACUAGACUUGUCACUUUUGUUAAUGAACAUGAAUCCUGGGAAAACAAAACUGUGGGGUCCUUUUGUCUACACUUUGGCAUUAAGAUUGAGAAGAAGACAAGGGCCUAGGAUGAAAAGGCUUAGAAACUCACUGUACUUAUCUCCUAAGAACUACUUGGUUUGUACCAAGUAGUAGAUUAGAGACUAACCAGACCCACAGGCAUGGAAAGUAGCCUUUGAAAUCAUGUCCCAAACAUGUAAAAUGAAUAGGAAGACAAAAGCAAAAGCAGCAAUAAAUACUGCCUCACCUUUCCCGGGGUCUGAGGCUUAUCUGUUACUAGGAUCAGUGUCCUGAAGCUUCGUUUUGCCCCCGUGGUUUUAAGAAUUGAGAAAUGGCCAUUGCCUCUGAUGUGUGAACAUAGUAUAUUAGUGCCCCUUACAUUGCCACUGAGGUUGCACACCAAGGCGUGCGUUCCUUCUCCCUGGACUUGACCUCACUUGUUAGGCUACAUCUGCUAAGUCUUCAUCCAUACCAUCCGCCCAUCUCUGUCUCUGAAUGUUCUCCAAAUAUUGUCCUAUUCUGUUUCCUAUACAGAAUUCUAUCUGCUUUAUAUUGUGAGACUUGAACACAUGUAGAUAUUUCUCUGGAGCUGUACCUCAUGCCUACCUGGUGGUGUUUAAUGGACUCUUUUCCCUGUGGGGUGGCGAGCUUUGGAGCACUGGUUAGCACAGCCGUGUUGUCGUGUUUUUGGAUUCUCUUUUUCCUGUGUAAAUAUUGUCUUUCUAUAUUCCUGCCUAUUGUGUGGCAUGUGCCACUUAAAAAAUUCACCUAGAUAUGGACAAAUACUACCUUUUCAAAUUCUUCAAGGCUAUUGCCACUCUCAAAGUCUCUGUUCUUUGUGCUCCUAAAUAGCUUUAUCACAUGUGCUUUUGUGAAGAUCACUUUCAGACAAGGGGGCAAUGAAACUUGAUGUUGCCAGAAUGAGUCAUUUUGAAACAAGUGAAGGAAAUGAUGUUGUUGUGCUACAUUUUCAUUCUCACUUGUGCCCUUAAGACCCUUAUAAUAGAUGAGGGUUAUCAUAGAGGAAGAAUGAAUAAGCUCUGUUAAUUUCUGGUGAAUAAGACUUGGAGAAUGUUUGGCAAUGACAAAAGAAAUAAACAGUUCUCACUUA